GCAGUGGCGGCCGACGGAGACCGGCGGAGAGGAGAGAGAGGAGGCGCCGGUCCUCUUUUCCGACCUCCGUUUCUCCCCCGAGGUUGCAGCGGAGACAUGGCCGGGCGAGGUCGGCUUUGGCCGCUGCUGGCGUUGGCGCUCUGCGCCUUCCCGGCCGGCUUGUGCUUGCAAGAGACCGAAGCGGACGAACCCGCAGCGGCGACGGCGGCGGCGGCUCUGGGCGGAGGAGCGAGCAGACGUCGCCGCCUGAGUCAGGAGGACGGCAUCUCCUUCGAGUAUCACCGCUACCCGGAGCUUCGGGAAGCGCUGGUCUCGGUCUGGCUGCAGUGUCCGUCCAUCAGCCGGAUCUACACGGUGGGACGGAGCUUCGAGGGCAGGGAGUUGCUGGUCAUCGAGAUCUCGGACAACCCCGGCGAGCACGAAGCCGGAGAGCCAGAAUUUAAAUAUGUUGGCAACAUGCACGGAAACGAAGCUGUUGGAAGAGAACUUCUUAUCUUCUUGGCUCAAUACUUGUGCAACGAAUAUCAGAAGGGAAAUGAGACUGUCAUUAAUUUGAUCCACAGUACACGUAUCCACAUCAUGCCGUCUCUGAAUCCAGAUGGCUUUGAGAAGGCAGCAUCACAGCCAGGUGAACUCAAAGAUUGGUUUGUUGGUCGAAGUAAUGCACAGGGAAUAGACCUAAAUCGAAAUUUCCCUGAUCUGGAUAGAAUUGUCUACGUCAACGAGAGAGAAGGAGGUCCAAAUAAUCAUUUGUUGAAAAAUCUGAAGAAAGCUGUGGACCAAAAUCUAAAGCUUGCACCAGAAACAAAAGGUGUGAUUCACUGGAUAAUGGAUAUUCCCUUUGUACUGUCUGCCAAUCUUCAUGGUGGGGACCUUGUGGCAAAUUACCCAUAUGAUGAGACUCGGACUGGAAGUGCACAUGAAUACAGCUCCUGUCCUGACGACGCUGUUUUCCAAAGCUUAGCUCGGAGCUAUUCGUCUUUUAAUCCAGUCAUGUCAAACCCGAAUCGGCCACCAUGUCGCAAGAAUGAUGACGACAGCAGUUUCAUUGAUGGGACCACUAAUGGUGGUGCUUGGUAUAGCGUUCCAGGAGGUAUGCAAGACUUCAAUUAUCUCAGCAGCAAUUGCUUUGAAAUCACAGUGGAGCUUAGCUGUGAAAAAUUCCCCCCAGAAGAAACUCUGAAAACCUAUUGGGAGGACAACAAGAAUUCACUAAUCAGUUACAUUGAGCAGAUACAUCGAGGAAUAAAAGGAUUUGUUAGAAAUCUUCAGGGUAAUCCGAUUGCUAAUGCCACAGUUUCUGUAGAGGGAAUAAACCAUGAUAUUACCUCAGCAAAGGAUGGUGAUUACUGGAGGCUAUUGGUACCUGGAAAUUAUAAAGUGACAGCUUCAGCACCGGGCUAUCUAGCAAUCACUAAAAAAGUGGCUGUUCCCUUUAGUCCUGCGAUUAGGGUUGAUUUUGACUUGGAAUCAUUGUCUGAAAGAAAAGAAGAGGAAAAGGAAGAACUAAUGGAAUGGUGGAAGAUGAUGUCAGAAACUUUAAAUUUUUAAGCAGAAGUUCUGAAUUCACAUCUUUUAAUCUACUAUGUGUUCAUUUAGUGUAUUGUACUGUGAAAAGACCCUACAUUUUAGAUUUUGUGUAGCUCAUAAUAUGUAACUUCAGGGUGGGCUGAGUAAUUUUUUUUAAUACCGAUAACAUAUUCUCCAUAAAAGUAUAUUGCUGGAACCUUUUAUGUAAUUUUUGCUGUCCUACAUAUUCAACUCGAAGGGAAAAUGCCCACAAAAAUAUGUCCUUUCUCUAAAGUAACUGUGAAUAUGAGUGUUUUACUAUCCUAAAUAUGCAGGUUAAGUACAUUAAAAAGCUAUAAUAAAUAACAGUCACUUGCAACAACAGCCCCAAAUAUUUGUCUAUACAGGUAAAACUAUUUAGAUUUUUUUUUAAAUUUUAAAAAAAUCGUAAUGGCACUGAAAAUAUAUGUGAUAAGAACUUAGUCUUGUACAUAACAAUUAAAGCUUUGUUUUUCUGUGAAAGAGCCAUAUAAAAUAAGGAUCCAAGUACCUGGGUAUUACAUAUACUACUCAUAUGGAAAUAGCUUACAUCGUUCUUAAGGGAAAAAAAAUACAUUCUUUUCCUCUUGUUGUGUUUAUUAAUGUUCCUAAGUGAUGUGGUAAUAAGAUUAAAAAUUCUGGAUGGAUAAACAGUUAACAUAUAGUAAUGUAUAUUACUUGUUUUUUUGUGCUUGCAAUAUAUUAUUUGUAUUAUUCUGUUUUUCAGUAACUGUAUGCAUUAAGUAUACAUGGUUUUCAGAAGAAAGCUUCCAUUUUCUUUGUAUGAAGAACAGAAAAUUCUGAUAACUGAUCCAUCAGCUGCUUCCUUUAAUAUGGAUUGGAAAUUCAAGAUAUAGUCUUAAACGUAAACAAAAUGUAAACAUGUUUUCUAUGAGAAGCAAUUUCUCUAGGUUCAGUGGAAUUUAUUUCCUGGUCACCCAUCUUAAAUUCAACCACCGCUAAAAAUAAUCAUUUGGAUUAUAAGGGUACUUCCUCUGAAAUAGAGAAAUCUCCAGUUGAACCACGAUUGUUUAAAUUGGCACUGGCGCUUAGGGGAGCAACCUGCUUUUCAGUGUAAACUAGCACACAAAGGAUAGCAGGAUCAGCCUAAAUUAAUUUUAUUUUGUCAAAAUAAAUUAAUCUCUGUUUUGAUGUUUCUUUUUGAGGCCUGUGCAGUACUUUAGAUUUAAUUCCUCAAAAGCGUUUCAGGAUGCGUGGAAGCUCAAAUUUACUGCAACGUUUUAAGUAGCUGCCUCUUAUCUGGGGAUUUUGUGGCAUAAUUGCUUUAAGAUGCUCCAGAGAGGGGGUGGGUUUGUUGUUCUCUUCUGCUCUGAAGCAAUCCUGACCCUAGUUUCCAUAUCACAUAUUUUAAUAGCUUUUCAGUGCUGUUUGUCGCUGGUUCCUCCCACACUUAUACUAUUGGUAGGUGACUCCUCUCUUUUUUGAAAUUACAUAUAUACUACCAGUGAGCACCCUUUUACCACAUAUGCUUCAUACCUGAAACAUCCCUAGAAGAAAGGCGAAGAAAGGUGAAAAGUUAUUUCUUUGCAUACUGUGGAUUCUUAGUUCAGUCUCUGGUUUUUUUUUUUAUAAUUUUAGGUAGCGUGGUAGUAAAAGUUUCCCUGGAAAG